AUGAUUUCUCCAAAUAUCUCAAAGGAUUUGACUGAUUGCUCUGAGUUUGGAAUCAGAUCCUGUCCUGAGAACUGUAGGUCAGUGGGAGUACGAGGGGUAAUGUAUCUAUUCAUAACAGCAGUCUUCAUUUUCACCAUCUUUGGGAAUCUGGCCAUAAUAAUUUCCAUUUCAUAUUUCAAGCAGCUUCAUUCUCCAACCAAUUUCCUCAUCUUAUCCAUGGCUGUCACAGAUUUCCUACUGGGCUUUGCCAUUAUGCCCUACAGUAUGGUGAGGUCUGUAGAGAACUGCUGGGAUUUUGGGAUUAUAUUCUGCAGGGUUCAUUACAGUUUUGACCCGAGGCUCAGUUUAGCUUCCAUUUUGCAUCUUUGUUGCAUUGGUGUGGAUUGGUUUUACGCAAUGUGCCACCCUCUGCAUGACUCCAGCACCAUGACUCCCAUGGCCUUAAGGCAAAUUGUAGCCGUGUGCUGGCCAGUGCCCGCUGCUUUUGCUUUUGGUGUGGUUUUCUCAGAAGCUCACGCUUCUGGAAUUGAGGGUUAUGAAUUGCUGAUUAAAUGCUCGGGCUUGUGCCCGAUUGUGUUCAAUAACUGGGGGGCUUUUUUGUUUAUAGUUGGUUUAUUUGCUCCUGCUUGCAUUAUGAUAGGGAUUUAUGUUAAAAUUUUUACAGUCUCCCAAAGGCACACAUCAGAGUUGAGCCUGGAACACAGGCUCUCAAAAAAUAAUAAGAAAUAUGAGCUUUCUAAGAAUAAAGACGGGAAAGCUGUUAAGACUUUGACUAUUGUUAUGUUGGGUUUCUUAAUAUGUUGGUUUCUCUAGUUUUUUGCAAUCUUAAUUGAUCCAUUUUUAAUUUUUUCUACUCCUUUACAUCUGUUUGAUUCUCUAAACUGGCUUGGGUAUCUAAAUUCUUUCUGCAAUCCAUUACUACAUGGAUUUUUCUAUCAGUGGUUUCAGAAAACACUUAAAUAUAUCUUAAGAGGCAAAAUAUUUAAUCCACAUUUUCCUACAAUAAAAAUUUUAUCUGAAGAUCAGUCACAGUAA